CUCGUAUAAGCGGCUAGCCGAACGCCAGAAUAUUUAUAGAAAAUAUCAGGUGUAAAAUAGAAUUUUUCAACAGCAAGCACGCCUAUUCUGUAAACAUGAGCCCAACGAACGUGGAGAAGGUAUAUCUCUUUGAAAAAGAUCGAGUCAAAAGCUUCAAAAAAUGGCCCUACUCAAGCUCCAGUUCGUGCAACAUUCAGAAGAUGGCCGAAGCGGGUUUCUGCUGGCACGGUGACGACAACGAGGAAGAUACGGCUAUCUGUUUCGUGUGUGGCAAAGUGCUCGACGGUUGGGAGGAUACGGACGAUCCGUGGACCGAACACCGAAAGCACGCCCCGCAAUGUUUGUUCGUCAAGUACGGCCGACCGGAAGCGGAGCUGACGUGUGAAGAAAUGAUUAGCUUGCUGGAGACUAUGCUGAAGGAAAGAGCCCAGAAUAGACACAACGCCCUGAAGGACUGCCUUCAGUCGCAUAUCGAAAAGAAACGGAAGGAAUUGAUGAAGCAUCUUUCGAAGAGCUGAGCGAACUGGUGAAAUAAUCUCGCUGCAUAUAAUUACG